AUGGCUACCACUGUGAUUUCCAGGCGGUGGUGUUUGAACUUCUGGGACCCAAUCUUGAAGGUUCUCUUCCAAUAUUGUGACGAUAAAUUCUCACUUAAGACCACGUCGAUACUGAUGGAUCAGCUUCUCCAUCGGAUUGAAAGUCUCCACGACACGGGAUACCUCCAUCGCGACAUCAAGCCUGAAAACUUUCUGCUAGGCACCGGUAAGUAG